AUGAGAUUCCGAGUGACAGGCGCUGUGGAGUGCUGGGGACCACGGCAGGCUGAAGUGGGCCGACAUAAUGGCACGCCAGCACUUUUGCCAGCAGCUACCAUCAGCCAAAGUCACAGCCAGACCUUGCUCCUCAACUUGGCAAAAGUGCUUACAGAGAUGGAGAGAUGCAUCGAAUCCCUGAUUGCUGUUUUCCAAAAGUACAGUGGGAAGGAUGGAAACAGCUGUCAACUUUCCAAAACUGAAUUGUGUUCCUUUAUGAACACGGAGCUGGCCACCUUCAUGAAGAACCAGAAGGACCCUGGUGUCCUUGACCACAUGAUGAAGAAGGUGGACCUCAACAGUGAUGAGCAGUUAGAUUUCCAAGAGUUUCUCAACUUUAUUGGUUGCAUAGCUAUAGCGUGCCAUGAGUCCUUCCUCCAAACUUUCCAGAAGCAUAUAUAA